AUGGCACCACGUCUCUUCGCUUGCUUUGGCAAAGGAAACGAUUCCUCUUCAAGAAACCAAAACCAUGCAAAUGUAACAGUUGAUGUAUCUGCGGAGGAGCAGCGUCGUGGAGGGGCUGUUUUGGUGGAGUUGUUUUCUUCGCAGGGAUGUAAAACAUCCCCGGAAGCUGAGUUGUUGGUUUCAAGGCUAGGGAGGGGUGAUUUUCAACUUGAAGUGCCUGUUAUUGUUCUGGCUUAUCACGUUGAUUAUUGGGAUUAUAUGGGGUGGAAAGAUCCUUAUGGGAGCAGUCAGUGGACAGUUAGACAAAAGGCUUAUGUUGAGUCUUUGAAGCUUGAUACCAUGUUUACACCACAAAUUGUUGUUCAAGGGAGAACUCAGUUUGUGGGAAAUGAGGAGGAGGCUUUGUUGUCUUCCAUUGUCAACGCACCAAGGUUUCCGGCUCCAACAUUUCAGGCAACAUUUCUAAGGCCUACGCCAGAUUGCUUGCAAGUCUCUUUAUCAGGAGCUUUAAGGGCUAAAGUUGAUCAUAAUGGUGUCACUGUCAUGGUGGCUCUUUAUGAGAGUGGAUUAGUGACUGACUGUCCAAGGGGAGAGAACAAAGGGCGUGUCCUGUCAAAUGACUUUGUUGUUAGAAAGCUUGAAAAGCUCUGCACUGUCAAAGACAUCUCUGUCAAGAAGACAGUUUCAGGAACUGUUAAUUUUGCUUUAUGGGAAGACUUCAAUAGCAGCAAAUGUGGUCUUGCUGUCUUUGUUGAAGACAGCUCCCGUCAAAUUUUUGGGUCACAGAGCAUUCAGUUUCCGGACACUAUAUGA